ACAACAGAUUCCUUCCUGCAGGUCUGAUCCUGAUUCAGGAGUCGGUCCAGUUUCUCUUUAGAUAAACGCUCCAUGACGGCGCUUCAAGAAUGUUUCAGACGACGUACAGCCAUCAGCGCAUUAAUAAUCACCGUGUAUCAAAAACCCAUCAGAAUCCUUGUGUUUAACAUCAUGUUUCACAGAGGGGAGCAUAAGUAUCCAGUUUGUGACGGAGCCCAGGUUCCAUUCUAAACAGAUUGUGUUCUUCUGUGUCGUAUCGGAUCCUGUAAUGAGAAUCACAUGGAGUUUAUGAAACUUCUUCUCUUGUAUUUUAUGGAUCAAGACUGAACAAUGUACCAGCAGAUCUUUGCACAGUUUUAAUUUAUGCAUAUAAAAAACCCUUUAAGAUAUUGUGAAACCCUUAUUGCUCUUGGCUGAGAUAGAAAAGUCAACAGAACAUGAUGAGAUUGCACCACUUCAGGCAUGUUUUGAGUUUCAUAUCUACUUGUUCUGAGGUGGAUUAAGGUCAGAGCAUCAGGAGAUAUGGUGUGAGAUGAUUAUUAUUAUUUCUUCACCAUUAAUGUCACAAAGCUGGAAGAGUCACUGUUUUAAAAGAAGCAAUAUGUAAUAACUUGUAGUAGAAGCAUCAAACUGGCAGUUAGAAAAAUGGUCUGUAACUUUCCUCACAUUAACUCAUGCACUGGACUCACGGUAAAUGUGACAUUUCUAGUAUACUUACUGCUUUUUUUCCUGCUGUUUGAUAAUUGACAGGAGCUGGAUUUGUUCUGCCGAUAGACUGCAUGUAAAGAUGGACGAAUCCUCUGUGACAUCAUCCCUAAUUAUGCACAACUUUAAGCCGCAUUGACAUUAAAGCAGGUUCAACCCCUCCCACUGAGCUCCUAAUUGUCAGCCCUGACGAAAACUUGCGUAACGCUUAAAUACCGUGCGCGCCUUGUUGUUGCACUGAGAGUGGAAACUUGUUCCAAGCGGGGCAUCUUCUUGUGCGUCUUUUUUUCCUUUCAUUUUUCCUCCCUUCUUUUUUCCUCUGCGCGCGUUUUGGGUCUUUUUUUUAUUCCCGACCGAGCAGCAUGCAGGUGUCUGUGGCCCUCCUCGUCUCCAGCGCGGCGCUCCUGCUGCUCCAGGGAUGCUGCGCCGCCGUCAAGGGAUGGAAGGAAUUAAAAAAUGAUGCCACGGAGAUUUUACCGGAGUACCGGGAGAACGCGCGGACGCCCCAGGAGGCGAUGCUGCAGGCGGCCGGCGGCAACAGCAGCAGCAACACGGUGAACAACCGGGCGAAAAGCGGCGGCAGGACGGGAAACACGGUCAUCUACAGUGCCUCCGAGCUGAGCUGCAGGGAGCUUCGUUCGACCCGCUACAUCACCGACGGAUCUUGCCGCAGCACCAAACCCGUCAGAGAGCUGGUGUGCUCGGGCCAAUGCCUCCCGGCCCACCUCAUGCCCAACUCCAUUGUCCGCGGGAAGUGGUGGCGGAGCAGCGCCUCGGACUACCGCUGCAUCCCGGCGCAUUCCCGGACGCGCCGGGUCCAGCUGCAGUGUCCCAGCGGCAACACCAGGACUUACAAAAUCCGCGUGGUCACCUCCUGCAAGUGCAAGCGCUUCAGGCCUCACCACAACCAGUCGGUGGCCAAGGAGGUGCCGAAGAUGCAACGCAACAAGAAGCACAGUCGCUUGUCUCAGGAUCGGAGCAAGAACAACACGCCGCUGACGGGAAACUCGUACUGAUGCGACCCGGAGACGCAUCCAGAGACCGAAGCACACUCAUACGCACGCACGUUACACCAUACCAAACAUAUCCCCUCCGGAUAGGAAGGGGGUGCAAGAGAAAAAUUCAAAGCGAGAGCGAAUUCAUAAGCUAGUUGCUGGGCUGAUUUUUAAGUCUGUGUUUUUCAGCCACUCGUCAGCAUAUUUGUGAACUUUUUUUUUUGCUUAUUUGCAUGACAACAUGAGUCGGCGCCACAACGGUGUCCGGUCAGGAGAUGUAGCAUCACGUUGAUCCGAUCGCUCCAAAAAACAAAAACCUCCCCGGGCUCGGUUCUGUCCUCCACCCAAAAGCAAAAGGAGAAGUUCCUCCCAGAGGCUUCGGCAGAACAUCUGUACAAACAUCCAGCGGCUCCGUUUAAGGCUGAAAAGGUGUAUCCUCGCUCCAGAGUGGUUGUAAUCCGGAGAUGGUGGCAGCUCGGGGGUCUCCGACGGUGGGAUGCUGACAGGUUUCUAGAGGCCCCACGAAAGGCUUCACUCAUCGGGAGGAAGACCUACAGCGAUCUCCGACACCUGCCGGGUAGCGGUAGAGCCUUUCCCAGAGCAAACAGAAAGCAGUCCUGUUGGCAGGGGCAUUCCUGUGACUCUUAAUUACCUAAAUGAGCCCAUUCCUGUGUUAGGACUUGAGUCAUAAAAAGCCAUUUCCUCCAGCCAGUUCCUGUUUGCUGGAUCCACACACACACGAAACAGAAAAAACCCCCAGUGCACAUGGCGUGUAGGAGGCAUCAGAAAACGUUAUGCUGUUACCUAGGGGCAGAGCGCUCUCCAACACACCCACACUGGAAUUUCUUUUCGUAGCGAUCCAAGCAGAGCAGCGAUCGACGCAUCGGCCGCCAAAAACCCAUCUGUUGUGUCAAGCCUGCGGGAUUCACGACACCUUCCACGCCUUCCUUCUCCGCAGCCCGUGCUGUAAAUAGCUCAGACAGGAAAAGACAGGCGCAAAAAUAACAAAACGAAAACAGUAAUUCAGUUGUUUCUAUUGUAAUCAUCGUGUUGACUGACGAGGACGAGGAAGCGAAGACGGCUCGACCUCCUCCUGCCCUCAGAUUGGACCAUGAAGAGUCAUGUUUAAGCAUAAUGUCGGCACUGCGUCGUUGUUGUUGUUCUCUGGCUUCUUUAUUUUUACCCAACUGUGUGUUUGAAAUAGCAACUGGAAGGGGUUUUGUGAUUGUACAUAUCAUACCUGUGUGGUCUUCUGUUGGAGCGAGGCAGGGCUGCUUUCUACAGACACUAAGAAGGACUCGUACAAAGAAUGAACUGCAUAUUUAUUUUUUAUUUUCCACAUUUAAAUUAUUUAUGCAACCUUUUGUAGUUAAAUGAUAGCCAUUAUUGUCAUAUAGUAUGAUAGAGACUUUGGAAGUGAAAAAAAAACUGUACAGUACAUGAAUAAAGUAAAGGAAGAUAUAUUUGAAA